AUGUCAAUUAGAUUGUGUGGAUUGGAAACUGGCCAAUCACAGCCACUAUUUGGAUUCACCAGUACACUGGCCAAUCCACCCAGUCAAUCAGAAGCUUCAAAGUACUACAGUAAAAGAAUUGCAGCCAUGUUAGUACACCAAACUCUUCAAGAUCUAGACAACAAAGAUGAGUCUGUUAUUUCUCCUGAAAGUAAUGAGAAAAUACCCCAACAUGAACAAGAAGAAUUUAUCAUGACAACUUGCACACUUAAUAAGGAGAAGCUUCUCAAUCAUUCAGCUUACAUCUAUAGAAAUUGUUGUAAUAUUAGCUUAGUUAAGACUGAUGACAGUAUCUAUCUCUGGUUCUGUUUGUGGAACAACAAGUUACAAGGCACCACCACCACAGUACUUAUCCAGAUCAAUGGUGAAUAUGAUAUAUACUACCAUCAUUAG